GGCCAGCCCUCUCACCAGACCACGCUCUCUUUUUCUGAUUACACACAUACUGCAUUUGCAACCUUGAUACCCCUGAUCUCACAAAUCACCAAACCACUCACUUCGCUCUCGACAAAAUGGCUCGUUUCUCUGCUCUCUCCGCCGCCGUCGUGGCUCUCGCCUUCUCCAGCCAGGCUGCCCUCGUGGCCGGCCAGGCUAUCGACCCUUGCGUCCAGAAGAGCAUCCGCGAGGCUGGCUGCGGCCCGGCCGACAUCAAGUGCAUGUGCCAGAAGUCCGCCUCGGGCACCUUCCUGACCGACGUCCUCACCAGCAUGGUCCAGUACUGCCCCAAGACGGUCGACGUCUCGGGCCUCUUCGUCACUCUCAGCUCUGGCUGCAAGGCUGCCGGCGUCAACAUCCCGCCCCAGAACAUCCAGGAUGCUCAGCAGCUCGCCGGCACCGUCUUUGGCGGCGGUGCUGCUUCUGGCGGCAACGGUGCUGGCAGUGGUGCUGGUGGCAGUGCCGGUGGUAACGGCGGCGCCCAGCCUUCCGUCACUCCCAAGCCCACUGCUACCGAGCCUCUUGUGACUGCUGGCGCCGGUGCCCCCGUCUCCCAGCCCACCGACAUUGGCGAGAGCACUGCCGUCAUCAACACCGGCGCCGCCAACACCGACACCAACUCGCUCAUCGUCGCCCCCAGCACUACUCCCAAGCCCAACUCGGCCGGCUCCAACGUUGUCAGCAAUGGCAGCAGCGGCUCAUCCUCCUCGGCCUCUUCUUCCCAGUCCACCACUGGCAGCAACGGCGCGCCCCCCAACGCUGGUGCUCGCAGCACCGCCUCUCUCGGCGCUGCUGUUCUCGGUCUCGCCGCCGCCGUCAUGAUGUGGUAAACUCCUUGCAGAAACGCGGCAAAUUCAGUCGGGCGAAGCAGGUCCAGAAGCAGCAUAAAACCACUAGAGCGUCGUUUGAGAAAUUAGAUGCGUAAGGUGUCAAUAAUAUUAUAAUUUGUCAUCGUGGGACACUUGCGCCAGGGCCAUGUGUGUGUACAAGUGAGCGUGAUGGCCUCUUGGUGAUUGAUCAUGGCUACCACUGACAUACCAUUGAUACCUUGUUCGCAUUCGUGAU